GAGCAAGAAGAGAAUAAAGGUGCUACUAGCUGGCCGGAGUACUACAUCGACCAGCUCAAUUCAAUGGCAGCUCACAGCAGAAAGGAAUUUCUGUGCAUCAUAAAAUGAUGGCACCCUCCCUUGAACCCUCCAGAAAAGGAUCCUGGGGAGGGCCUUCAUUGCUUUAUUAUCCUCCUUCACCUCAGGCUAAGGAGUUCUUUCUAAAUUUGUCUGACCCUUCUGUUUUUUGGCCAAGUUUGAAGACAUCUUACUAUUUAAAAAUAAACCUACUCAGAAACUGUCGGAGCAGAUUAGAAAUGGGGAUUUGAGGCCACAGGGGAAAAAGCAGCGAGUUAAAUACAAAAAAAAAAGUGAAUUAGCUGAUAAUAAUCUUGUUUCCUGACAAUCAUAAUGCAGUGGCCUCUAAACCCAGAGGCUUUGUUUUGGGUUAUAAUAUCACAGUGAUGUGUGGCUUGGCAACUCGGGCAGGCUUUCGGAAAAGACCCGAGAUGGUAACGUGAUAUCGGUGGAGUGAUACCCAAACCAGGAGAAAUCUCUAAUGGGCCAGCCUCCAUCAUAGACCAGGACAGAACCUGCUACACUUGCCCAUGAACCACAAGCCUCAAUAGAUGUUGUGUUCACAAAGUAAUUUUCGAACACUGCCAAAAUGGAUAGUCUUUCCAAAUGCCCUCGCAUUUGCCUUUAUGAUUAGCCUGCUGUAUUCAUUUCCCUGCUUGAAAUAUAAUGUAUAUAGUUGUAAACUCCAGAUUUUAUAUUGUAUUUCACUUAUUUGUUUUAAAGCUGACGUACCCCUGUUCCACAAGUUGACACAGCUCCCUGAGGUCUUAAUGAAAUGUCUCUGACAUGCUUUGCUCAAAAUACCACAAGGAUAAAACACCACAGCUCCCUUCUCACCCUGUCUAAACGGCCCUGUUCAAAUUUGUGUCUCUGUUCCUUUAAAUGAUGACGAGUUACUGCUCACCACACCUUCCUCUUCCGUCGGCCAAUCAGGUAGCACUUUCUUCAUGAAUAUUCAUUCGCAAAGGCAGUUCUCGAGCCAUGAGUAGAGAUACUCAAAUGAGGGUGUGGCAUAUUUCUCCCCUUGUGACAUAGAAGGGGGAGUCAAGUCUGAAAGUCUUGUUGAAGCACAUGUUUUUUGUAAACGGGCAGCCCAAAAGACUGACUGGGUUGACUUAUUUCAGAGUUUAGGGGGUUGGUACCGUAGGAACUCCACAUGUGUAGACAAAUCAUACUUUGGCAAACUUCCAGGCCUUUAACAAAUUUCCUUUUACUCCACAGAGGAAGACUCUUCUGGCUCUGGAGAAGGAGGAGGAAGAGGAACGCAACAAGACCAUAGAAAGCCUUAAAACUGCACUGCGGACACAACCUAUGAGGUUUGUCACUCGUUUUAUAGACCUGGACGGUCUUACCUGCAUCCUGAACUUCCUGAAGAGUAUGGACUAUGAAACCACAGAGUCCCAAAUUCACACGUCCCUCAUUGGCUGCAUCAAAGCACUGAUGAACAACUCGCAGGGCCGAGCUCAUGUGCUUUCUCACCCCGAGAGUAUUAACAUCAUUGCCCAGAGCCUGGCCACCGAGAACGUCAAGACCAAGGUGGCCGUGCUGGAGAUCAUGGGAGCUGUGUGUCUGGUGCCUGGAGGUCAUAAGAAGGUUUUAGAGGCUAUGCUGCACUACCAGAAAUUUGCUUGUGAACGGACACGGUUUCAGAUGCUUCUAAAUGAUCUGGACCGAAGUACCGGGCGGUACAGGGAUGAGGUUAGCUUGAAAACAGCCAUCAUGUCCUUCAUUAAUGCCGUCCUGAGCCAGGGAGCUGGAGAGACCAGUCUUGAGUUCAGGGUACAUUUGCGAUACGAGUUCCUUAUGUUGGGGAUUCAGCCAGUCAUCGAUAAACUCAGGUCACAUGAAAACUCGACAUUAGACCGGCAUUUGGAUUACUUUGAAAUGCUAAGAAAUGACGACGAACUGACUUUAUCCAGACGCUUUGAGAGUAUACAUGUAGACACUAAAAGUGCAAGCCAGGUGUUUGACCUCAUACGCAAGAAGAUGACUCAUACAGAUGCAUACCCGCACUUUAUGUCCAUACUGCACCACUGCCUGCUCAUGCCAUGUAAGAGGAGUGGGAACACGGUGCAGUACUGGCUGCUUCUUGACCGCAUUGUCCAGCAGAUGGUUCUUCAGAAUGACAAAGGUCAUGACCCUGAUGUCACCCCUUUAGAAAACUUUAAUGUCAAGAAUGUAGUUAGAAUGCUUGUCAAUGAAAAUGAGGUCAAACAGUGGAAAGAGCAGGCUGAAAAGAUGCGGAAAGACCACCACGAGCUUCAGCAAAAGUUAGAGAAGAAGGAGCGAGAGUGUGAUGCCAAAUCCCAAGAGAAGGAUGAAAUGAUGCAGACACUCAACAAGAUGAAGGAGAAGCUUGAGAAAGAGACAGGAGAACAUCGACUGGUCAAGCAGCAAGUGGCAGACCUUAGUGCCCGUCUCCAUGAUCUCAGCACGAGGCAGGUAGCUAUUGUACCCGGUGGUCCCCCAGUCGUACCCGGACCCCCAGGUGGACCUCUUUCCCCACCAGUUCCUCCUCCACCCCCAGGAGGAAUGAUGCCGCCGCCACCUCCACCACCUCCACCCUCUGGUGCCAUGAUGCCCUCACCACCACCUCCUCCUCCACCUGGAGGCCCUCCACCUCUCCCUGGACGCCCCACUCUUGGUGGCCCACCACCUCCUCCAGGAGCCCCUGUAGGCCCAGCUCUCAAGAAGAAGAAUAUUCCCCAGCCAUCAAAUCCACUGAAGUCCUUCAACUGGUCCAAGUUGUCCGAGAGUAAGUUGGAGGGCACAGUUUGGGCCGAAGUUGACGAUGGAAAGGUUUUCAAAAUCUUGGACUUGGAAGACAUUGAGAAGACUUUCUCAGCAUACCAGAGACAACAGGACUUCUUUAUGGUCAAUAACAGCAAACAGAAAGAGGCCGAGGACGACACUCUGAGCUCAAGGAAAGUCAAAGAGCUUUCGGUCAUAGAUGGUCGACGGGCACAAAACUGCAAUAUCCUGCUCUCACGCUUGAAGCUCUCCAAUGAGGAAAUGAAGAGGGCCAUCAUGACUAUGGAUGAACAGGAAGAUCUGCCUAAGGACAUGCUGGAGCAGAUGUUGAAGUUUAUCCCAGAGAAGAGUGAUGUGGAUCUGCUGGAGGAACACAAACAUGAACUGGACCGGAUGGCCAAGGCAGAUCGUUUCCUCUAUGAGAUGAGCAGAAUAAAUCAUUACCAGCAGAGAUUACAGUCUCUGUACUUCAAGAAGAAGUUUGCAGAGAGAAUUACAGAAAUAAAGCCCAAAGUUGAAGCUUUAAUUAAAGCCUCUAAAGAAGUGCUGCAGAGCCGAAACCUUAAGCAGCUUCUCGAAGUUGUUCUGGCAUUCGGAAAUUACAUGAACAAGGGUCAAAGAGGAAAUGCUUAUGGCUUUAAAGUGUCCUCGCUGAACAAGAUCGCCGAUACCAAGUCUAGCAUUGACAAGAACAUCACUCUUUUACACUACCUGAUCACCAUCCUCGAGAAGAAGUACCCAAAAGUCAUGCAGUUCCAAGAGGACCUCCAGAACGUACCAGAAGCCGCUAAAGUCAACAUGACCGAGUUGGAAAAAGAGAUCAACAACCUGCGCAGUGGCUUGAAGAAUGUGGAAAAUGAGCUGGAAUUCCAGAAAAAGCGUCCACAGGAGGUUGGAGAUAAGUUCGUGUCUGUGGUCAGCCAGUUUGUUACACUCGCCAGUUUCAGCUUUUCUGAUGUAGAAGAUUCCCUUAAUGAAGCCAAGGAACUGUUUGAUAAAGCCGUGAAGCACUUUGGUGAAGAUGCUGGGAAGGUACAACCAGAUGAGUUCUUCGGCAUUUUCGACCAGUUCCUGCAAGCCUUCGCAGAGGCUCGGCAGGAGAACGAGAACAUGCGGCGACGCAAAGAGGAGGAGGAGCGCCGGGCACGCAUGGAGGCGCAGCUAAAGGAGCAGCGGGAGAAAGAAAGAAAAGCCCGGAAGGCCAAAGAGAACGGAGAGGACAACGGGGGCGAGUUUGAUGACCUGGUGUCAGCCCUGCGUUCCGGCGAGGUGUUUGAUAAGGACCUGUCCAAGAUGAAGCGGAACCGCAAACGCAUCAACAGUCAAACCACAGAUACGGGCAGAGAGCGGCCCAUCACUAAACUCAACUUCUGAGACGCUUAACUUGCUCACUUAAGACCCAUUCCUUCAUCUGUGCUAUCCAGAAUUGCUUUAUUUCUUCACUGGACAAUACUGCCUCACGGUGGGGGAUGCUUGGAGAGCACUCAUUUGCAACACGUUUUUAAAAAGCAUAAGGAAAGAGGACUUACUGGCCACACAUUUUGCCCCUUCUGACUCUGAGGACUGAAACGGGGGUACUGGUUAUCAAUUUAGAAAGAUAAGUUUAUAAUUUCUAAGACUACGGCUGCAACGAUGAUCUUUCUUUGAGAAAAUUGAGUUUUCACCUUGGUGCUGGUGCACCACAUUACAGACUUGUAAGACAAGAAGAAAAAUUGCUCGUCAAAUCUGGAUUUGACCCAAGAAGGACACAAAGCAUGGGUACAACCAUCUCUGGUUUUCCACUGCAAGAACCGACCUUGCAUCCUUUAUUUUAAAAUAAAUCACAACUUCAACCCCAUCUCAAACCCAUAACCGAGUUGUUCGUCAGCUCACUCUUGAAAUUGAGGCAUGGCAUGCGGGAUAGCACUUGUCUAUAUGUGUCUGGACUUGUUAUCUGGAGAUUAAGCUUAGUACUUGCGUUAAAAAAAAAAGACCUCCAUUGGUGAUUCCACUGGCAACAUACAGUAACCUGCUCCAGAGUAAAACUUGAUCUCAGUGCAGAAAACAGACCUGAAGAGUUCAACCUAAACAGCUAAAUGGCAAGGUUUUCUUCUUUUAUUAUUAAGGACCAUUUUUAUAUAGUAAGCUUUUACUGAGUACUAAGAACAGUAACCGGGGUUAUGGGUUGUUUAGAUUAUGUUGUUCUAGAGAAUUGCAUUGGACAUCAGACACAGGCUGGCUGAAGAUCAUUUUUAAAGCUAAGAAUUAGGUAAAGAGUUGGCCCAGGCCCAUGUCGUUUCAAACGCUGUGGAUGCCCCUUUGUCCACAUUCUAUGCAUUUAUGUUGGUAUUUGAUCUUUCCAGAUGUUUUGCAGACCGUCAUGUGAAAUCUGUAGACUUAUUUAAAAAGGAACGUACCAUUAAAUAAAUCGAUGCAAGAGACGCUCUGUCAGUUCUUCCUUCAUCACUGGAUGUAUUCCGGUAUUUUUAUCCACAGUGUAUGUUGUGACAAUGUGAUGUCUCCAUUGAACAUUUGUAAUUUAAAAAAAAAAAGCCUUCCAUUGUAAGAUAGAGCUGAAAGGAAAAUAAACUGAAAAAAUAUG